AUCGAUUCUGACGAUGUCUUUUUUUACGCAGCAGCUACUUGACUCCAUUUCGCCCGUAUAACGAUUUGGAACCGCAAUGGAACCAUACGGCUGUUUCGCUGGUGGAUCUCGUUUGUCGGACCAUACCAUGUACUAUCCGAAACAGGAUGCGCUGUCCACCCCAGGUCCAAAUUACCCUCGUGGAUCGUCUACGAUGUAUGCCUCUUCUCCGUCUAUGUCAGUCUAUGCGCCUCCUGUUCUUAGGAACGGAUCCCAUCCGUCACACUAUUACCGCUGUCCUUACAUGGAUGAAGAUGUGUAUUCUAGCUAUCCGCAUCGUGGUCCAGUAAGCAGUGCUGCUGGUGGUGGCGACAUUUCUGAUUUCUCGGGUAGAGGUCGUCAAUAUGAACGGGUCGCAGACUACUGGUCGGCCAUGGACUCCGCGCAGUCCGAUUACAGUCGAACGCGUCCGUCACCCCAGGCUGUGUACUCAAGUGGACCCGUUCGUUAUCAGAGUCUCUCGGACUUAGCACCACGCUUCAGGCCACGUUUUGGACAACCGGGUGCUGUUCCACGUGUUCGACCACCUCGAGGAGUGGGUGUCAUAAGACCACGAAGGAUAGGAUUAACUUCACCCUCUGGGGACGAAGUCCGUCGUGCUCCUGUCCCUACACUGUAUUGUGAACUGUGUAAAGUUGGCUGUGCAGGACCCAAAGCGCUCGCCGAGCACCAGAAUGGACAACGCCAUAAAAAACGUGUAGCUCAAAGCGAAGCGAUUGAGCGCCUGAAACAGGGCAGCGCGGGUGAGACACUCAAAACCACCCCCAAUGCGAACAUGCAUGAACUCCGUUGUGAACUAUGUGACGUUUGUUGCACUGGGGCUGAGGCUUAUUCUGCCCAUGUUUCUGGAAAGCUGCAUCAGCGUGCCGUGCGACUGCAUCGUGAGUUGGGCAAACCAGUACCGGAAACGGACAAUCCAUUGGUGUCUAGUGCUGUCGCAAAGACGCUCGAGGCGCAACCGGAAGAAGCCCAACCUGCAGUUAAGGAAACUCCCCCUGUCGUUACGACUGCUGAAGAGAAGAUCGAGGAUAAGUCUGGCAUGAAAAAAGUCGAGUUGAGCAAACUGGUCGAUGAUGAGAAGAAGGCUGUCGGAGCUGAAUUUAUUCAAGUGAUCCCUGGACCAGGUGGUAAAGGUAUCCAUUAUAAAUGCACUCUGUGUGAAUGUCAGUUCACCAAUGCAGACGCUAAGGAAUUGCAUCUGAAGGGUCGUCGACAUCGUUUGCAGUACAAGAAGAAAGUUGAUCCUGAGUUGUCCGUCCCGCGGAAGCCUAGAAAUCCCUUCUACAAGGGCACUGAACGUCAGUCGGAGAAAGGCAACGCCAUACCUUCGAUGCCUAGUUCCAGCAAUUUGUCGUGGCCUGGAUUCAUAGCCACUAACGAUGCAGCGCCAUUUUUCAACAUGCAGCAACCGUUCCCACGGAUAAAUUAUCGGGGUUCUGGAACUUUUGGAAGUUCAUCGGCACAACAUUUCAACAUAGCCCUGGAAAAUCGAUAUUUGACAGCGAAACACUCAAGCAUUGUACCAACGGAACUAGAGGCGCAGGCAAUGAAAACAGCGGUUGGUCUGUGUGAAUUCUCUCUGAAACGUAUUAGUGACGCUCUUUUCGAAUCGGCCAAACGUGAGGCGGCUGAAUCAACACGAGGUGAGAAAUCUGACUCUGCGGCGAGACCAGAUGUUCAGAAGCCGAAUUGUGAUGAAAUAACCGAAGAGGCCAGCGUGACGUCGCCUGAACUCGCUGCCGAAGAAAACCGCCUCCUUCGUGGGGUUGUUCGUGUUGGACCGUUGGGCAAGAGCCUCCUACUGAGAGGUGAUCACGAAGGUGAUUUGGUUUUGGUCUGUUCCGAGUGGCCAACUUGUGAAGUUGUCACCUUCAUCAAAGCAGAGCUGGCGAAACAACUCACCGCAAUGGAUGAUCAAUAUGAGUAUGUUGUGAGUGAUAUCCCAGCCCAAGGUCAACUGACUGUUCGCACCACACGAAAGGUACCGGAGUCGGAGUUGAAAGCAGACGAGUCGAUUGCGGAUGAGUGGCCAGUCAUCACUAUUCGCAUUCAGCUCACCUCAAGAGCAGCCUGUGAUGAUGAAAUCAUGAAUAAAGACGCCAACACCAACAACAGUGUUGUGUCGGGUGCCGUGAAAGCAGCAGCGGACGGAUCUAAUGUGACCGCGAACACUGCUUUGCCCACUGCCCCCGAACAGCAGCAGCAGCAACCGCAAGCCUCGAACACAGUGAAGUCGGAAUCGCUCUCCCAUGUGCGGAAACUAUUCGCCCAGGGAGAGCGGAUUCCAAAGAACGUUUGUUUAGAUGCUCUGGAUGCUAUCGACCAAGCUAAGUGGUUCCAGGGUGCAUUGAUGACGCCGCCUCUCGGGAUUGUCGCUCGCGUGCUUGUAGACUUUAUGCGUACUGAAAAGAUUUGGUUGAAUCUGAACCAAUUCGGCGUGUUGGCCCUACUGGGUCGCCUUUUGACUGUUGAUUUGCAACUGGCCUGUCUUCCACCCGUGAGAGGACAGCGACCACCGUUUCUUCCGUCUGGACAACCUUUCGGAGCGCCGAUUCGUCCCCGAUUGCCAGUUACGUUACCCGUACCACUUAUUGGACCGGGGCGGUUGUUCCGUCGAUUCUUUGAAGCCAUCUCCUGUGGGUUGCUUAUUCAACUUCGUGAAGGGGAACCACAGCCAGUGGAACCUGUGGCGGACACAGCAGACCUGAAACCAGACGAAACCGAUUCACCCUCGCAGUUCUUUGCCUACAGCCUGUUGGCAACUACUCCGAUAUCGAUACGGGAAGAAAUUACUGUUUCGGCACAGUUUUGUCUGCGGCAAAUCGCGUUCAAACAGUUGUACAAGGUUCUCCAUAUGGAACCACUCAGCUCCAACCAUGCAUGGAAGAAAGAUACUGCUAAGGACUCACUGGAAGGCAUCGGUGGUGAUUCUGAAGUUACGGAAACGGUCGACAUCGAGGCAACUGCCCCCGGAGCCGUUAAACGACGGCGGUCGGAAGUUGACUCUGUGGAUGCCCAACAGCAGGACGAGGCAGAUGUGGAGGAGGAGGAGGAGGAUAGGGAGAAGGAACCAAAAGAACAACAAGCCGGCUCUUGUUCUGCUCCGGAGCCAAUUGCAAAUGACCAGCCUUCAUCCCAUGUAGCAGAGACCGCCAGCGAGCUCCCCGACUCCGAGGUAGUCGCACCACCAACGACACGUUCUGGAACAGCAGCCAAGCGUAGUCGAAGAGGGCGUUAUUGACCCACAAACGUCAUAUUUCGCACUGUGUCUCGUCCCCUCAGCCUACCGUUCCUCUGUUUCCAUUUCCCCAACAUUUUACUUGUCACGUUUUUUUCGAAGGAGCAACCGGUGACUGACUAUUAUCUUUUUAGUGGUUCGCACACUCACAUACCGGUUUGCAAUAUGUUGUCCCAAG